AUGACUGCAAUGGAGAACUUGAGGCAAAAACUAGCUAUGGCUGUCAAAAGCAUCCAAUGGAGCUAUGCUAUCUUCUGGUCCAUUUCUUCCACAGAACCAGGGGUAUUGACAUGGUGUGAUGGGUACUACAAUGGAGACAUCAAGACAAGAAAAACAAUACAAGCAGAGGAAAUGAAUGAUGAUUAUGAUGACAACGAAGAUGAUGAUGAAGUGGGACUGCAAAGGACAGAGCAGUUAAGACAGCUUUAUGAAUCACUUUCAGCAGCUGCUGAAACACACCAACAUGAACCACAAGCAAGGAAGCCCUCAGCUGCAUUAUCCCCUGAAGAUCUUUCAGAUGCUGAGUGGUAUUUCUUGGUUUGCAUGACAUAUGAGUUUAGUGAUGGCCAAGGAUUGCCAGGAAGAACACUGGCAGAGAAUACAAGUUGUUGGUUAAGCAAUGCUCACUUUGCAGACAGCAAAGUCUUCAGUCGCUCUCUCCUAGCAAAAAGUGCAUCAAUUCAGACAGUGGUAUGCUUUCCAUAUUUAGAAGGUAUAGUUGAGUUUGGCAUAACCGAGAAGGUUUUAGAAGAACAGAACAUCAUUAAGCAGAUUAAAGGUUUUAUCUUUGGUGCUCCACCGCAAAAAGUUCUUGAAAUCCCUUUAGAAAGUUGUUCUGGAAUGCUUGAUCGUGACCUUACCGACAACAAUCUUGAUGGUUUUCAUGAAUAUGAUCAAAAUCUAGUUACAAAGAGUCGAAAUUCACCAAAAAGCAAUUUGAAUCACUCUUUGAUGGUUGAGGAUGUGAACAUUGGGGGGUUUCAAUCCCAAGAACAGAGAUGGCAGUUGGUAGAUGAAGAAGAAGAAGGAGAGGUUAGUUUUUACCAUAAUAAUUCCAUGGGUUCGAGUGAUUGUAUAUCUCAAAACCUAGUUAGCGAUCCAAGCGAUCUUUGGAGCGAUGAUGACAGUCGCUAUCAAGGUGUUCUUUCGAAGAUAUUCAAGAAUACCCAGAGAUUGAUUCUUGGACCUCAUUUUAGAAACUGUGAUUUUAAGGAAUCUGCUUUCAUUAGUUGGAAAAAUUAUGAUGGAAUAGAAUGGAAAGGAAGUUGUUCACAAAUGUUAUUGAAGAAGGUGCUUUAUGAAGUCCCAAAAAUGCACCGGAAUCGAUUAGUUCGGCCCUGUGACGAGAAUGGGAUACUGGAUCAGCUGCAGAAACUGGAGGCCGACGAUGCAAAUAACAUCAACCAUCGGUUUUCGGUUCUAAGCUCCUUGGUGCCUUCUAGAGGCAAGGUUGAUAAAGUGUCUCUUCUCGAUGACACUAUCGAUUACUUAAAAAUGCUCGAGAGACGAGUGGAAGCGUUACAAUCGAACAAGCACGUCGGAGAUAAAGAAAACAAGAAAUCUCAAGACCUGCAAGAAAGAACCUCCGAUAACUAUGCCAUCAAAAGAAAAGCUUCUUGUGAUCUCGAAGAUUUACAAGAAGAGUGUUUGUCGGAUUGUAUUACGGUGAGCGUGAUAGAAAAAGACGUAGCGAUCGAGAUACAGUGCCGAUGGAGAGACAAUAUGAUGGUUCAAGUCUUUGAUGCAAUAAGCAGCCUAAACUUGGAAUCUCACUCGGUUCAUUCUUCUAUCGCUGAUGGGAUUCUCACAUUAAGCAUUGAAUCUAAGUUAAAGAGUUGUACGACAUUGACGGCAAAGAUGAUCAGGCAAGCCCUACAACGAGUAAUCGGUAGGCAUUGAUUCAAAUUCCUCAAGUUUCAGGUAGAUUUAGAGGUUGGUGCAUAUAUGUAGAUUAAUAAGAUCUAUU